AUGGAAGAGGCUCAAAGCCACGACUCCGUGAAGCUGAUCAAGUUCGCGGACGACACCACCCUCAUUGGACUCAUCUCCAACAACGAUGAGUCCGCCUACAGGAGGGAGGUGGACCGGCUGGUGUCCUGGUGCAGUGGUAACAACCUGGAGCUGAACGCCCAGAAGACAGUGGAGAUGAUUGUGGACUUCAGGAAGAGCACUGUCCCCCCGCCCCCACCCUCCGUGAUGGACUCCCCCAUCACCUCUGUGGAGUCCUUCCGUUUCCUGGGCACCACCAUCACCCAGGACCUCAAGUGGGAGCCGACCAUCAGCUCCCUCAUCAAGAAGGCCCAGCAGAGGAUGUACUUCCUGCGGCAGCUCAGGAAAGCCAAGCUGCCUGCACAGAUGUUGGUGCAGUUCUACACGGCCAUCAUCGAGUCCAUCCUCACCUCCUCCAUCACCGUGUGGUUCGCUGGAGCCACAGUCAGGGACAAACAGAGACUACAGCGCAUUGUGCGCUCUGCAGAGGAAGUGAUCGGCCGCAGCCUUCCAUCGCUGCAGGACCUGAGUUACUGUCUCUGCCUCACUCCCUUUGCCUUUGCACACCUGUCUCCCUCUGCCUUUGCACACCUGUCUCCCUCUGCCUUUGCACACCUGUCUCCCUCUGCCUUUGCACACCUGUCUCCCUCGGCCUUUGCACACCUGUCUCCCUCGGCCUUUGCACACCUGUCUCCCUCUGCCUUUGCACACCUGUCUCCCUCUGCCUUUGCACACCUGUCUCCCUCUGCCUUUGCACACCUGUCUCCCUCUGCCUUUGCACACCUGUCUCCCUCUGCCUUUGCACACCUGUCUCCCUCUGCCUUUGCACACCUGUCUCCCUCUGCCUUUGCACACCUGUCUCCCUCUGCCUUUGCACACCUGUCUCCCUCUGCCUUUGCACACCUGUCUCCCUCUGCCUUUGCACACCUGUCUCCCUCUGCCUUUGCACACCUGUCUCCCUCUGCCUUUGCACACCUGUCUCCCUCUGCCUUUGCACACCUGUCUCCCUCUGCCUUUGCACACCUGUCUCCCUCUGCCUUUGCACACCUGUCUCCCUCUGCCUUUGCACACCUGUCUCCCUCUGCCUUUGCACACCUGUCUCCCUCUGCCUUUGCACACCUGUCUCCCUCUGCCUUUGCACACCUGUCUCCCUCUGCCUUUGCACACCUGUCUCCCUCUGCCUUUGCACACCUGUCUCCCUCCCUCUGCCUUUGCACACCUAGCACUAAGAACUGGCGUGCCGCGGUGGACUUGACGGGCCGGCUGCUGACAGCUCAUGGUCAGGGAUACGGGAAAGCGGGCCAGGCAACCUCCCACACCACCGACUCUCUGCAGCUGUGGUUUGUGCGUCUGGCUUUAAUGACGAAGCUGAGCCUCUUCCAAAAUGCGGAGCUGGAGUUUGAGCCUUUUGGAAACUUGGACCAACCAGAUAUUUACUACGAAUACUACCCCACUGUGUACCCUGGGAGGAGAGGCUCCCAUCUCGGGCUCAGUCUCGGGCUCCCCUCUCGGGCUCCCCUCUCAGGCUCCCCUCUCAGGCUCCCCUCUCAGGCUCCCAUCUCGGGCUCCCAUCUCAGGCUCCCAUCUCAGGCUCCCAUCUCGGGCUCAGUCUCGGGCUCCCAUCUCGGGCUCCCAUCUCAGGCUCCCAUCUCGGGCUCCCAUCUCAGGCUCCCAUCUCAGGCUCCCAUCUCGGGCUCAGUCUCGGGCUCCCAUCUCGGGCUCCCAUCUCAGGCUCCCAUCUCAGGCUCCCAUCUCAGGCUCCCAUCUCAGGCUCCCAUCUCGGGCUCAGUCUCGGGCUCCCAUCUCGGGCUCCCAUCUCAGGCUCCCAUCUCAGGCUCCCAUCUCGGGCUCAGUCUCGGGCUCCCCUCUCGGAGUCUGAGUCCUCCCAGUGUCACCUCCUCCUCUCCACCUCCUCUCGCUCCACCCAGCCUCACCUCCUCCUCUCGCUCCACCCAGCCUCACCUCCUCCUCUCGCUCCACCCAGCCUCACCUCCUCCUCUCGCUCCACCCGGCCUCACCUCCUCCUCUCGCUCCACCCGGCCUCACCUCCUCCUCUUGCUCCACCCAGCCUCACCUCCUCCUCUCGCUCCACCCGGCCUCACCUCCUCCUCUCGCUCCACCCGGCCUCACCUCCUCCUCUCGCUCCACCCGGCCUCACCUCCUCCUCUCGCUCCACCCGGCCUCACCUCCUCCUCUCGUUCCACCCGUCCUCACCUCCUCCUCUCGCUCCACCCGUCCUCACCUCCUCCUCUCGCUCCACCCAGCCUCACCUCCUCCUCUCGCUACACCCGGCCUCACCUCCUCCUCUCGCUCCACCCAGCCUCACCUCCUCCUCUCGCUCCACCCGGCCUCACCUUCUCCUCUCGCUCCACCCAGCCUCGCCUCCUCCUCUCGCUCCACCCGGCCUCACCUCCUCCUCUCGCUCCACCCGGCCUCACCUCCUCCUCUCGCUCCACCCGGCCUCACCUCCUCCUCCGCAGCACCCGGCCUCACCUCCUCCUCUCGCUCCACCCAGCCUCACCUCCUCCUCUCGCUCCACCUGGCCUCACCUCCUCCUCUCGCUCCACCCGGCCUCACCUCCUCCUCUCGCUCCACCCGGCCUCACCUCCUCCUCUCGCUCCACCCGUCCUCACCUCUUCCUCUCGCUCCACCCGGCCUCACCUCCUCCUCUCGCUCCACCCGGCCUCACCUCCUCCUCUCGCUCCACCCAGCCUCACCUCCUCCUCUCGCUCCACCCAGCCUCACCUCCUCCUCUCGCUCCACCCGGCCUCACCUCCUCCUCUCGCUCCACCCGGCCUCACCUCCUCCUCUCGCUCCACCCGGCCUCACCUCCUCCUCUCGCUCCACCCGGCCUCACCUCCUCCUCUCGCUCCACCCAGCCUCACCUCUUCCUCUCGCUCCACCCGUCCUCACCUCUUCCUCUCGCUCCACCCGGCCUCACCUCCUCCUCUCGCUCCCACCCGGCCUCACCUCACCUCCUCCUCGCUCCACCCAGCCUCACCUCCCUCCGCUCCACCCGCCUCCACCCGCCUCACCUCCUCCUCUCGCUCCACCCGGCCUCACCUCCUCCUCUCGCUCCCCCCCUCACCUCCUCCUCUCGCUCCACCCGGCCUCACCUCCUCCUCUCGCUCGCUCCACCCGGCCUCACCUCCUCCUCUCGCUCCCCCCCGGCCUCACCUCCUCCUCUCGCUCCACCCGGCCUCACCUCCUCCUCUCGCUCCACCCGGCCUCACCUCACCUCCUCCUCCUCUCGUCCCGCUCACCUCCUCCCUCGCUCCACCCGGCCUCACCUCCUCCUCUCGCUCCACCCGGCCUCACCUCCCUCCUCUCCGCUCCACCCGCCUCACCUCCUCCUCCCUCCUCCACCCGGCCUCACCUCCUCCUCUCGCUCCACCCGGCCUCACCUCCUCCUCUCGCUCCACCCGUCCUCACCUCCUCCUCUCGCUCCACCCGGCCUCACCUCCUCCUCUCGCUCCACCCGGCCUCACCUCCUCCUCUCGCUCCACCCAGCCUCACCUCCUCCUCUCGCUCCACCCAGCCUCACCUCCUCCUCUCGCUCCACCCGGCCUCACCUCCUCCUCUCGCUCCACCCGGCCUCACCUCCUCCUCUCGCUCCACCCGGCCUCACCUCCUCCUCUCGCUCGACCCAGCCUCACCUCCUCCUCUCGCUCCACCCAGCCUCACCUCCUCCUCUCGCUCCACCCGGCCUCACCUCCUCCUCAGCUCCUCCUAACCUCCUCCUCUCUCUCCACAGGCUCCAUGGUGCCGUGGUCCAUGCGUCUGCUGCACGCUGAGCUCCCACAGUACCUGGCCAAGCCGCAGGAGGCUCUGGACCGGCUGCACUCCCUCCGGACCGUCUGCCUCACAAUUCUAGAGAAUCUGGAGAAGGGCUCAGCAGAAGACGGCAGCAUGAUCACGCUAACACAAGAGAAUAGACAAGACACAUAUAGACGCACAUAG